CCUUAUCCACAUGGACUUACUCCCCGGAUAGCAAAAGAGUCCAACCAUUUCCUCGUUCCUGGUACUCAUUGUAAAAGUUGGUGGACCAUGAGACUGUUUUCGUUGGUUUUUGUUAUUAGCUUCGUGGCCUUUGGCGCCGAGGCACGGCGUGAUGGAUACCGGUACCUUCGUGAUUCUAGCUUUUCCAUCCUGAGUGAAAUCCCGCGGAGGCUGCAGGAUCAGUCCGAGAGAAACGUGGACACGAUCAAUCAAGCAGCCGCUGAUAGUCUUCCCACUAUCAACAGCGAAGUGCAAGCCAAUAUCGAAGACCCGAAGACCAUUGGCUACACUGUUACUAUAAACCCAGGCACAACGUGCUCGAGCGGGGCCGUAUCGGCAUCGGUCACCUUGGAUGUCAUUUCUGGGCAGAGCACCACAGAGAUUACAAGCCUCACCGUGCAGGAAGGCACCGAAAGCGUGGGCUCGUGCCCCACAACCUUCAGCGGGACCUUUAAUUUCGUCAUGUCUGCAUCUUUCUACACAGUGACCGGGCCAGCUGUCUUCUCUACCGUUGGAGAUACCUGCACUGCACUGUCCACAACAUACAGCUCUACGGUCAACAAACCCGUUCUCACCGGUGAAGUUACCAUGAGUGGAACCAUCGAUGGCGACAAGUUGAGCGUCGACUCUGCUAGCGUAGGUUCCAUUUCUGCCACAUGUGACAACACGACGGUAUCCAUUUCUGGGCUUUCCGGCUCAACGGAUUACUCGAGUUCGGAAACCCUAGUGUCAACUGAUAUUGGAACCGAAGUCAAGAACUACGUUUCCGGGAAUCUCACAACUCUGAUCCAAAGUGCUCUCGAUACCGGCAUUGAGCAAACAAUCGUAGAAUGGGGCUUUCAAAGGAGCGCCCACUACAUCACCACAUUUGCAAGGGCCAGUUUCGGCCAAACCGUGCGAUCGUUCUUGUUUGGUGAUGGUGGAGGCAGGCUUCUCCUAUAAACAAGCCACGGUGAUAAGCGUACCGUACCAGGUACUUGCACUUGAGGACUGCAAUGGCUGCAGCUCGAUCGAUGACUGCUGGAGUCGUCGAGUGAGUCAGUCGCAUUCUUUGGCUGCUGGAUUGCAAACAGUGAAAUAGAUUUCUCCCUGUACCAUUGUAGUCUAGUCAAGAGAAACUUAGCAAUCCCGUACCGUUUUGACUCUCGUAGAUUAUC